UAAUCUGGGCCGCUACCAAACAAGCACAGUUGGCUGGAGAGCGGAGACACUGGUCGAGCCAGCGAGCGUGUGCGCUUGCUCUGACAGUUUGCCUUCUUCCCAACCCAACAGAAGCGAAGCAUCUCUUCUCCCCCCUUCCCAAUCGGGCUGCGGCAUAUCCCCUUCUCCGUCCUCCCGCCUGCCGCCAUGUCUUCGCCUUCGCCCUCGCCGCCGGCGCCGGCGGAAGAGGAGGGCCGGGCGCCGACCAAGUACGUGCUGAUCACCGGCGGCGUCGUCAGCGGCCUCGGCAAGGGCGUCACCGCCAGCAGCAUCGGCGUCGUCCUCAAGGCCUGCGGGCUCCGCGUCACUUGCAUCAAGAUCGAUCCAUACUUGAACACAGAUGCUGGUACAAUGUCCCCCUUUGAGCAUGGCGAGGUGUUUGUUCUUGAUGAUGGUGGAGAGGUUGACUUGGAUUUGGGGAAUUAUGAGCGUUUCAUAGAUGUUACUCUGACAAGGGAUAACAACAUUACCACUGGAAAGAUAUACCAGUCUGUCAUUGAGAAGGAGAGAAGGGGUGAUUAUCUUGGAAAGACUGUACAGGUUAUUCCUCAUGUCACUGAUGAAAUAAAACAGUGGAUACAGUCAGUGUCUUCGGUUCCUGUGGAUGGGCAGACUCGUCCAGCUGAUGUUUGUGUUAUUGAAUUGGGAGGCACUGUAGGUGAUAUUGAGUCGAUGCCAUUCAUUGAAGCUUUGCGCCAAUUAUCCUUUUCUCUUGGCAAGGAAAAUUUCUGCCUCAUACACGUUAGCCUUGUUCCAGUAUUGGGUGUAGUUGGUGAGCAGAAAACUAAACCAACACAACAUAGUGUACGAGAACUGAGAGCCUUGGGUCUGACUCCUGAUCUUCUAGCAUGCCGGUCAGCACAGCCACUAAUAGGAUCUGUUAAAGAGAAGCUUUCACAAUUUUGCCAUGUCCCGGUCGAGAACAUACUUAACAUCCAUGAUGUUCCAAAUUUAUGGCAUGUCCCACUUAUUCUUAGAAACCAAAAGGCUCAUGAAGCUAUAAUCAAACAACUAAACCUUGCUAGAUCUGCUGGACCACCUGAAUUACGAGAUUGGACAGAUAUGGCUGAGUCGUAUGACAACCUCAAUAACUCUGUUAAAGUUGCUUUGGUUGGGAAGUAUACUAAUCUGACAGAUUCUUACCUAUCAGUGGUGAAGGCUCUCCUACAUGCCAGUGUUGCCUGUUCGUUAAAGCCAUCUAUCCAGUGGAUUGCAGCUUCGGAUCUUGAAGAUGCAACUGCAAUAUCUGCACCAGAUGCCCAUGCUGAAGCCUGGGAAACUCUUAAAGGUUCAUCAUGCAUUUUGAUACCUGGAGGAUUUGGGGAUCGUGGAAUUUCAGGGAUGAUAUUGGCUGCAAAAUAUGCUCGUGAGAAUAGAGUUCCAUAUCUUGGUAUUUGCUUGGGCAUGCAGAUAUCAGUGAUUGAGAUUUCCAGACAUGUCCUGGGCCUGGAAGAUGCAGACAGUGAGGAGUUUAACAAGGAUACACCGAAUCAUGUUGUUAUGUACAUGCCUGAGGUUUCAAAAACACAUAUGGGAAACACGAUGAGGUUGGGCUGCAGGAGAACAUUCUUCAGCAAACCUGAUUGUCUUACAUCAAAAUUGUACGGAAGUCCUCCACAUGUAGAUGAGCGUCAUCGUCAUAGAUACGAGGUCAAUCCCUCUUUUGUUCCCAUGCUUGAAAGUGCUGGUCUUCAUUUUGUUGGUUGUGACGAAAGUCGAAACCGGAUGGAGAUUGUGGAGCUACAAGAUCAUCCCUUCUAUGUAGGUGUUCAGUUCCACCCGGAGUUCAAAUCAAGGCCUCGAAGACCUUCACCUCCUUUUACAGGUCUAAUAAUGGCGGCCACUAAACAACUGGGAGCAAAUUCGAAUAGCUCGAAUGGCUUCGUUGGAGCUUCUGACUAAUGUAAGGUAAAGCGUUCCGAAACUUGGUGAUUCCCCAAAGAUGGGGAUCUCCCGUUGCUGCAGACACCCAAGUUAUUUCUUGUGCACAUUAGAUGUACAGGAAAACAAUCUAAGCCUGAAGCAGAGUGUUUCUCUCUCUCGACCACCUGAGUGGCGUAAGCUAACGGUCUUACAGUGUAUUGGGGCCGAACCGUCAUGGUUUUGUUGACUGUCAUUUCAAUUGAGCUUAACAGCAGUCAGUGCUCCCAUCCUUGUGAUUCCAAUUGAGAUUAACAGUAGUAAGUGAUUAUGAUCUCUCUUGCCGUUUGAGUGGAAGUGAAAGACACUACCAUCCAGUUUUUGGUUGUUAUUU